AUGCACUUUUCUUCGCAGGGACAGAGCGACGACAAAUGGGGGCCUUGGAGCGAGUGGAGUCCAUGCUCCAGAACUUGUGGUGUAGGAGUUACUUACCAAGAACGAGAGUGCUUUGAGAAGGAAAAGUGAGAUUUAAUUUGUUUUUCAUAUUUUGAAGGCCCCGUUAUAAUCAGCAUAAUCAAAAUCCUCCGUUUAGCCAAAUUCAGCAAUAAGGAACCAACUGGCCAUCUAAUUAAGUUAUUAUACACGAAAAUAAACUUCAAAUUUUAAAGGUGAUGGAGCACUUGCCUAAGCCUUCACUUUGCAAAUUCAAAAGAAUGGACGAAUGGGCAAAGCUCAAAGAACAAAAAACAAAAAUGCUAACAUAAGUUUUAAUUAAUGCGAGUAAUUUAAAAACUAGGAGCUGCUUUGACAAAGUCCUCGAAUAACACUCUGAAGGACCCGAAAGGAAAAAGGUAUGGUGAUCAAUGUUUUCAGCUUCCCUUCCUCGAUUGCAAACUCAACACCAGAACGAGGCUGCACCGACAUAAGUAACGGGCGCUUUCCAUCCAACCAAAACUUUCGAAAAUUUGGAAACUGUGGCAAAGGGUAUAGAAAGUUCCAAGAAAAAAGAAACUAUUUAAUUUCCGAAAUACGAACCAUUCUGAACCGAAAAUUCUAGAAACUUCGGGAGCAAAGUUGAAUGGAAAAAGAACAGUUACUUCCGCGAGAAAAAAUGCAAAAAUUUGGGUAUACCUCGCGAGGUGGUCUUCUUUUUUGGAAAUUUUUGAAAAUUUUUGAAGAUUGCUUUCAGUGACUGCAGAAUUGUAUGUUAUUUAAUUCAUUACAUUUUUUAAUUGCCUUUAUUGACGAACAAGAGAUACUUUUGUGUUUUUGUGAUCUAGGCCAGAAGAUUAUUGCAAGGGAAAUAAGCGUAUGUACAGGACGUGCAAUAUUCAGGUUUGUAAGAUAGGAAAUAUUGACUGUUUAAUCUACUCAUUAUUCUUUCAUAAAUUAACGUAAAUAUAUUUCCUUCUGACUUUUUUCAAAUCGUUUGCUCAUCUCGCAAAGAGUCAAAGAGUAUUACUAGCGCACAGUCUCUCAAAUAAAUAGCUAAAUCAUGUGUACCAGGAAAGAAUUCUGGAUUUGAUUUUUUUAAAAAAGAAGUGGGAAGAAACUUUGAUUAUUUUUAAGCGACUUAGUAUAAGAGGAUGCUUUCUCUUUCCCGCGAGUUCCACUCUUCGUUUAUAUCCGAUGUGAGUGUACCUGUAGGCGGAAUAGCAAAAACGUUACGAAACAAACUGAUAACGAAACAUUCUUUAUUUCAUUAAAUGGAAAAAAAAACGAAACUCAACGUAAUAACGGUAAAGCGUAUCAAAACCAGAUAUAUAUAGGAGGUGUGGUGGUGGUGGUGGUGGUGGAAGUGGUAGUAGCGUUAGGAGGGGGGGUAGGGGUUGUAAACAGGGUGGCUUGUAACCGGGAUUUUACGGUGUUGAACAAAAGCUAAGAGAUGUUUUCAGUUCUUGUCUUGUAUGUUUCGUCUGUUGCGUUUUAGGACUGUCCUGAAGGUUCAAGAGAUUUCCGCCUUGAACAGUGCGAAGCUUACAACAGCCGCGUACUUGAUGGACGAAAAUUUAAGUGGAUGCCAUAUAUACCAAGUAAGAGAACUGAUUCUCAUUAAAUAAAAAUGGGUUAAUCAAUUUAUUGUUCCAAAAAUAUUUCAGAAAGGGAUUAGUCAAUUGGUUCGGGACUCAUUUAGGAAAAAAGUUUGAAAAUUAUUAUUUAUUCAUAAAUCAUACCCAGCCGGCUCUUACCGUAUUUGAAAAGUGAAGGUAUGGGAUAUUGUCCCAAAAUAAAAUAGCAACCUUUCAGGCAGCGGCGCGGCAACCGAGAUGUUGAUGCAAAAGUAUGCUUUAAAAAAAUGUCGGAAGAGUUUACGGCUAUCUGAAGACGAGAAAAAGCUGAAUUUUUUUAAAACUGAACGAACAAAUGCAAGAAUAUGCCAAAAUAAUGCUCGAUGGAUGUCAUCUACGUUUUGAGGAGUAUCGGCAAGAUAAAGCAACUUCUGUAAAUUCUGAAACCGUACCCAGAAAGAGGUACCCUGGGCACCAGAGGUUUUUUCUCGAAACCGGAAACCGCGCAUGAAAAGCCUCUGGCACCCAGGGUAAGAAAGAGGCAAAUGAUUUGCAGAAAGCCUACGAGGAGGUAAGGUUGUUAAGAACCUACAUAUUUUGAAUGAAUAAUAAAAUAUCGAAUGCGUCUUUCGUAUGAUGUGUAGAAUCAUGCAGGCCAACGGCCUGGGUGGAUAACAUCCUCCUCGAUUGAUCUGCAUAGCGCCUCAGAUCAUUUGAAAGCCUUAUUCAAUAAUUGUUAGUUUAUCUUACCUAUGGCUCCUAGGCCUUAUUGGCCUUUGUUUAACUGAUAUGGCUAUCCUCGUUACUGACACCAUUCUCGUCAUGCAUUUUUAACUCUGACCUUCCGAAGGUCACAGUAAUAUCUUGAAGAUGUCUCCAACCUUGCUUGUUACUGUUGCCAAGUACUGAUGGUAUCCCAAAACAACAUUGUUGCAUUUCUUGCAGCCCAUGAGAGAUGCGUACUAAACUGUAUGCCUAAAGGAGAAAAUUUCUUUAUGCAAUGGGCGAGUAAAGUCGCAGAUGGAACAAGAUGCAGCAUGGAUUCGUAUGACAUUUGCGUCGACGGGAAGUGUGAGGUAAUGAACACGUGUAUGAGAGUUCUCGGCGCCAAAAGCUUCUUUAGAUCUAUACCUCUCGUCUCGUCAGUGGUUCAAUGACGCGUUAUUGGCUGUUCCGCUGCGCAAAGUAAGUGCGGGCGCGAAAACCGAAAGAUUCGCUUACCAUACAAUUUUCGCGCCCACACUCACUCGCGCCCUGCCCUUUUGAGUCUCGUCAGAGGAGAGAGAAUCUAUGACACAUUCAUGAGAUAUUUGAAAAACUUCCCUUUUCUUACCCAUCAUCGCGAAAGCAUGUAAAGCCUCUGACUCUGCCCUAGAAACUGCGUAAUUUUUUUUAGAAAUCACCUUUUUCCCGCCAAAAUCUUUUCUCACCAGCCUUGAAAAAUGUAAAACCUUUUGUUCUCAGCCCUACCAAACGCGAGACUUAUCUCUAGAAAAGCCUCCCUUAGGGAACGUGCAUGAUGAAAAAUAUUUCCUGUUUGAAACUUUUUACAAAUGUACAAAUUGUGACCUUUGUCCUGCCAAAGGAUAACUUAAUUUCCAAACAGUAAGCUGCGUUUUAUUGAAAAAUUCCCCUACUAAGUUAUUGUUAUUGUUAUUAUUAUUAUUAUUAUUAUUAUUAUUAUUUUGUUCCUGUAAAUCAGACGGAUCGAGAAUUUCCUUUUUUAUGUAUAAGCACCCAAAUUAGCUUUUGGUCGCUGCAUGAAAUGUCUUUUUUCACUUUUUGCAUUGAAAACUUUCUUUGUUAAGUCGUAGGCCUUGAAACUGUCCAGGAUAAACUUAUCGACUAACCGUCGUCCAUAGAUGCAAAAGAGAAUUUGUUUUGCUAUCAAAAAUGUUGCUGCUAUGACACUUUAAAAGUUGCCGGUGCUCUCAACGGGGAAAGUUCAUUUUACGUUUGUUGUUUUGCUGCCAAGAUAAAUAAGGCUCCUCCCUGCAAUGCUUGAGCCAAUCGAUGAAAAAAAAAAUGUUAUUCAAGGCAGUUUUGGUAAAUUUCAAUCAUUCCGCCUAACAUUGGACUGACAUAGGACUUAGGUCAUACGCACAUAGGACACUUUAUUUAGCGUAGAAAUUAACAAAGCUAUACGGCUAGUUUACAGAUAUCCCCCCAUCACGCUUAGAAAUGUUGAAGUUUCAUUAGUUUGGAGAGUCUGGACUAAGAAAGUGUUCAUAUUUCUUCUGCAGAAACUUGGUUGCGAUCUUAUUUUGAACUCUACUGCGAAAGAGGAUAAAUGCCGCGUAUGUAAUGGCAUUGGAGAAAACUGUAAAACACACAAAGGAGUCACUACAGAUAUUGGCGAUGGUGAGUUGUAUUUCAAAAACUAGAAUAAGCAUAACAUAACUAUUGGACUAUUACAAGAAACCAUAUCAUUUUUACUGGGGACAAUUUCUACACACUUCAAGCUGUUCUCCAAAGCCAAAAGUUCUCCAGGACCCGCACUUGCUACAAAGCAAAUCAUUUAUUUAUAAGUACAAACUAUGGGCAACUCGUGAAUACUUUGUUUAGCAAAUAGAGACGUGAUGUGAUAAAAUAAAAUAUGAAAAAUAUUAACAAUUAUUAGAGGAGGUUGAACAAAUUAUAAAGAUUUGUCAGUGGCGAGCAGAUCAUUGCCGAAGCUGAAGGCUGAGGCUAAUAAUUGAGCUGCUUCGGGUAUUUACGAGUUGACAAAAAAAGCAACAAGAAGUUUUCGAUUUGUUACGAGUUUUCUGGUAAAAUAAUCAUUUAAUCUUUAACUUUAGACUAGCCAGAACUCGUGCAUCGGCUUCACAGUAAUCUUUUGAUUUUCACUUAUGUUACGUUUCAGGAUACAAGGAAAUUCUGGUGAUUCCUGCCAGUGCAACGAACAUCGACAUACAAGAACUCGCACCUUCUUCAAAUUUCCUAGGUUUGUCAACGAUUAGUAUACCUUUAGACAGCUGUUUUGCCCUACAUUUAGAAUUUCGUCCAAGGCUGAAAAUGUUCUACAGUUCAGGCCUUAGUUUUAAGUUUCUCUAACAUGGCAUAAAUUCCUUUUUUCUUGUAUUUUUCAGCUCUUUCCGAUUCAUCUCGAAGUUAUUUUUUCAAUGGGGAUUAUUUUAUCACAAGCCCGAGGAAGUUCCAUAUUGCCGGUACUGUGUUCAAUUACGAGCGAACCGGCUUUGGACAGGAGAGAAUCUCUUCGUUGGGACCAACUUCAAUUCCCGUCCACGUGGAGGUAUAUUUGUGUUUGACUUAAAAUAACAGUGACGCGAAUUUUAUCAAAAUUCUAAAAGUAGGAACUGCCCCCACACUGAGUAAAACAUCAAAAUAAUAGCUCAAAACAUUAAAAGGAGUUAUUGUUAACACCAGAAAUGCAAAAGAAGGCACACAUGGACAAUCUUAAAGUAAAUUAAGACGGAUUGAAAUUGUGGGUUUUUUAAAGUACAGUUCAUUUUUGUUGUUUGAGACGAUUAAUUUAAUGCUUGGGAAGUAUAUCUAGCCGGACUUUUGAUAACGUUAUCGCCAAAUAGACCUUUAAUUUGCGUCCAACAGUUUAUUUCGGCCAAAAAGUAGCUAUUAAAAAAAGUAAGAGUGCAACCAUUGCUUUUUUUCUUCUCCUCCUUUCCUUCUCCUCGCUCUUUCCUUUUCCUUUUUUUUUCCUUCGUUACUAUGAUUUUGGAGCUUCUCGGGCUUAAGAAACGUGCCUUUUGACGCUUUCAAAGCGUCAAAAGGCACGUCAAAAUGACUGCAAAUUUCGUUAGGUUGGUUUUCAAAAAAUCGGCUAGAUAUAAAUUAGUUUUUUGAACAAGGAGCUAGGAUUUUGUCUUUUACAUGUAAUUUCUUCGUUACAUUUGUAUAUAGAUCGAGUAAACAAUUUUUACGUGUUUAACAUUUUGACAUUUCUUUUAAGAUAUUUUAAGCAUAUUGCCAAUCACGAUUAUGUUAAAACUGCAAACGGUUUCAAAAGUUUCAUUUUAUCGUAGAUCCUUCUAAUGGGAGAGAAGAAUCCUGGUAUCUCUUACGAAUUUUCAUUGCCCACAUCCGUCACCGUACUUCCUGAGCGUGCGCAGUUUACUUGGCGGACGGGCGAUUUUGACAAGUGUAGUGCGUCGUGUGCAGGGGGUGAGUUUUUAUCACGUGUAAUAUUAUAUAAAAUUGGCACUAAGGGUAGAUAUCCACAAACAAGGUGGUAGUUGAACCCGAAGUCGCUUUAUUGCGACCUACUGGAAAUCAAGUUAAAAGUCACAUGUUGUCCUAAGCGCGAAGUCAUAAGCUCCUCGGAAUCGGGCUUACAAGGAUCACAAGGUUUCAAUUAAAUUCCGCUGUUGUUUUACCCUGAUAAUCCAGGUUAACAUAAACAACAUCGUUGGAUUCCCGUGGCAGAACAGUAAUUCCAUCACAGAUACCAAACAUGAAAAAAAAGGAGAAUUGAUACACUGCAACACAGCCUUUUUCCUUAAAAAAGGUGCGAAGCGCGCAAGCCUAGCAAGUCAUUUAUGGGAACGCCAUAAUGUACAACAAGUAAACGGCGAAAAGUAUCCUUUUUUGGUGGUUCGUUUAGUGAAAGGCGCAAGAGUAGAAACAAGCCAAGCGCCCGCGAACGACUACCGCCCACGUCCCUCGUGUCGCCGCUGCCGUGCGUAUAACCUCAAAAAUAGGUAAACGUCGAUUCCAAGGACCCAUACCAGGCUGUAUAAAAAGAAUUAAAUGAUGAGAAUGCUUGUAAAUAGAACGGUAAAAAAUUUUGCAAUUAUUUUUCGCAGUGAAGCUAAGAGCCUGCUCAAAGUCUUUGACCUAUAUGUCAUUUAAGUUGUACCGUGAAAACUGGCCAACAGCUGUUCACUGAAAAAGAUAAUUAACAAUUAUUCCUCGACCCCGAAUGGGCUCUGAGUCAUCGGCCGAAUGGGCUAUUUACUCAGAGGCCAUGAGGGCGAGAGGAAUAAUUGUUUUAGUAAAAUCCAACUAGUUGGUCAAAAAUAUCGAGAAUACAAACAAUUUAGCUAGUUAAAGCUAGACUUUAAUCCUUUUUUGCUGCCAAAAAGCCCGCGUUUUUCGCUACUAGUGGGUUAUAACAUAUAGCCUAGUAGUAGCUCAACCAAUCAGAAUAGACCACUUGUUGGAUUUUACUAAUAACCAAUAUCGAUUGUCUACUGCUUGUUUAGGUGAGCAAAAGAGGCGAGUAUACUGUGUUCGCGAGGAUACUGGGGAAGAAGUUUCAAAGUCAAAUUGUGAUUACGGCAAGAAGCCAUCACAUAAACAGAAAUGCAAAACUCAGCCCUGCCCUGCCAGGUUAGUGACGAAGCUACUGAAUUAGGGAGGGGAGGAAAUGAUAAGGUUUAAACAAUGUCUUUCAAUCAAUGGUCAUCAUGUCACAUGGCGAUCGUUGCUUUUUAUUUUCGGUUGAAUUUGAUUUUAUAUUGUAGAAUAGAUGUACAAUCGACAGUUCUUACUUUUCUGUCGCAUUUUUGUAGAAUAAUUGGUAAAGCUGCAACUGAAAUUAGGUGAUAGAAGCGUAGUAACUCUGAAACUAACCCGCUAUCACUCUGAACAGCUGCUGCAAUUUUGGGAAAUUGGAAUCAAAUAUCUCUUAAACUCUUACCAGAUAGUAAUUUAAAACUGACGCCUCGUACUGUAGGAACUCAUUCAUUUUACUUUCCAUUACACCUUCUAUUUUAGCUGGUACGUGAGCUCAUGGAGUUCAUGUUCGGUAACAUGCGGUCGAGGCAAACAGGUCAGACGAGUUCACUGCCAACACGUGGUGGAAGGCGGAAACGCUGAAAUGAUCCCGGAUGACCGGUGCCCCGGUCAAAAAGCUAUUAUCAUGCGAGACUGUCAGAUACUGAAGAGAUGUCCAGUGUGGUCUGUGGGCCAAUGGUCAAAGGUACAGACAAGUUGUGCGGUGUUAUUUUAACAAUUGUUAGUAGGGACCAGGGUAACAAAGUAAUGGAUCCAAUAGUGAGGGAGCAAUCAGCCGUGCGUAACAAAUAAUGAAAGAAAAGACUAAGGCGCCUGAUUUAUUGAUUCGUUUAUCACUUUAGCACGUCUAAACGAUACUCUUUUUGCAUAUUAAUCAUCGUUAAAAAAAAUUGUAGAGUGGCUUAGAAACUCAAAAGUUUGGCACUUAUUAACCCAUGACAUGGCCAGAUAACAUCCUCUUCGAUCUCCAUAAUUCUUCAUAAGAUACUCAGCCUCAUUCAUUAAUUGUUAAAUAACGUAUUAUCAAUCUAUUUAUUUAAUUGUCAUUAAAAUUGACCAGUGUUUAUUUCAUACCCAAUGCAGUGUUCUGUCUCGUGUGGAGUCGGAUCGAGACAACGAAACCUUACAUGCCAGCUGCUUGAUACAAAGCAAGUUUUUGAGCCAGAAAGCUGUAACCCAAAUAGAAAACCAAAAUGGAAAGAGCUCUGUAGCCCAGGCCCCUGCACUGUCACAUGGAUGGCGGCGGAAUGGAGCGAGGUACGAUGAAGGAGCUCUUCUUUGCCCGCUUACUUUGCUCUUAACAUGCGCAAAUACAAAGGAACGAAUUGGAGAAAGAAAAUAAAAGAUUGAUACACUAAAAGCACUUCACCGUAAAUGAGGCUCACCUUAUUUGUUCAAAAGGCGCCUCGGAGCUUAUUAGUUUCGCCCCUAUACGUGGGCGACGAAGUAGGGCCCGAUAUUUCGAGCAAAUAUGGUAAACGAUGAUCUCCUGGACUCUCCCUGAAUCACUGCAGCUUGUAAAAUUUAAGGUGACUUAAACCAGGUGCUGUAGCCAUUGACCCAGGAAAGUGCCAGAAUGGUUCAGAACCUGAUCAUAUUCAACUCCUGGAGCGGAAUUAAGUGACCUACCUAGGGAGGUGUCAAACCUUGUUAGAGAGCCAUAGAAAACGAUCAAAGAACAGGCAGCGAUCAGUUCCAGUUGUCCGUUUUAGGGAGGACUAUCCAUAUUUUCAGGCAACCAAUGCCUUUUAUGAUAUUUUUCCGGCUUCCCGUCAUAAUUAGGUCCUGAAUAAUUAGUAAUUUCUGCUUAAAAUAGACUUUUAGACUACAAUAACGAAGUAUUAUCAAUUUUGUAGUGUUAUCCGAAGUGCGGAAAAGGAAUGAGUACAAGAAUGGUUUAUUGCGUCAGCAUCACAGAUAAAACCAAAAAAUACCCGGAUGAACUAUGUGACGUUUCCUCUCGGCCAAUAAAUGAGAAGAACUGUUCCAGUGACGUUUUGUGUCCACCCAUGUGGCAUGCAUCACAGUGGAGUAAGGUGAGACAAGACGGUGUGGCGGCGUUUACUUGGGCCUCCUUGUGCUUUGACUUUCCGUUCAUUCAGCUAAGCGAAAAAAUGCCGAAGCAUGUGUACUGUCAGUCUGCAGGAGCGCUUACCAUUUGAACGGAAAAUCUGGUUAUUCCGGGGAGAAUUCAAAUGGUACGGUUCAUUACCAGAGCCAGGCUUCCUCGCGAGAGAAAGCGAAAAUUUUACCAGCAGUCACUCAAUCCCAUAUUUUCUGUUUUCAGUUCGAAAAAAUACCAGUACAACAUUUCACGGCAAAUUUUCACUGAAAUUUUCUACCAAAUGCUCCAAAUCGCUGCAUUUAAUAUGUAGCGAUUAGUCAAUUGAGGGCGCAGGCGCCUUGGAGAGCGAUGGCAGGUCUUUGGCCAAAUGACGAAUAUCUCUGUACAAAUGAAGGCGCCUUAUGUUCCACUGAACUCCCAAGUUAAAUCGUUUAUCGUUAAUAAGAUAGACAUGAAAUUUUUUUGCGUUGUGCAAAAUAAUUUUUAAAUUAUAAGAAACUUUUAGCAUCAUGACUUUAAUGGUUAACGGCAAACCUGAGGAUGUCAUGUGACCACAGUGGUCGCGUUUGCAGUUUGCAGUUCACGUUUGAAGCUUUGAAGCUUUGAGCUUCCAGCGGUAAGUGGCAAGCUUUUUUUCCAUUGAAAAUUGUACAGCCCCACGUUUUAAGGCAACAGAGAGGUUUCUACACCCGCCUGUGAUGUGCCAUUUAAGAUUUUUGAACUCGACUCAAUGAAUUCAUAAUUUUGUUUCAGGCGACAAAAGUAAAGCACUGCGACUUGCCCAAAACCGUUAUGGCGGUUGUAAACAACAAAUGCUUUGCUAAAAUUGAAAAAUUAUCCUGUCAACGUUUGAAACUGCGAACGCGUAACUGCAAACUGCAUUCCGCGGUUUUCGGUUUCCCAAGAAAAAUUAAACCUGAUGCUAAAGGUCUCCAACUAAGACUUACCUGUAGUUAUAAUGGCUAACUAUACGCUUUAACCAGCAAGCCGAUCUUAGUGCAGUUACCUUCGAAAUCAGCAUAUGUUCUAGGCUCCUUUUUUAAGUUGUGAACUGCUUGUCUGUUCUAGAAGGUACAUUUUCGCCACCCGUCUGCAAGUUUGUCAAUAAGUCGUAAGGGUGACUAUUUGCUAGUACUUAAGGCCGACAUUGACCCCGGGGGGGGGGGGAAGGGUUACUUGGGUUAAUUUUUGCUGGGUAUGUGCCGCUGGCCUCUCAGAGUCCCUACCCUAUUAUAGUCUAUUUUGUGGCCAAUUGUAGACCCCAUCUUAGUCACUUUGGGGUAAAUAUAUAAUUUUCGCGAUCCCAACUUAGCCACUUUCUAUUUAUGUAUCUACCUUAUCAAUCCUUUAAAUAGGUCAUUCUAAAAUGAAUUGACCCAUUUUUUAAAUAAAUUGAAUGAAGAACACUUUACUUUUCACCUACAUUACAAAUAUUCUGGUACGUUUGCUAACCGUAAAUAUGAACAACUUUCUUACCGCAAAAAAUCAGAAAAUGUGCGACCCCAUUCUAGUAAGUUAACUCUAUUGAAAAUGCGACCCCAUUAUAGUCAAUCCAGUCGUGAAAAUGCGACCCCAUCCAGCAGCACAUCCCCAUUAGCCUCUUAUAAGGAAGUUCCCCCCCUCCCCGGGGAUAUUGCCUUUUUUGUUUAAAUUGAUCAUCUAUUUCAGUGCACUGCUACUUGUGGCGUAGGGAUGCAAAUGAGAAAUGUGUACUGUGCUACAAGGGAAGGACCCAAAAUGCUUAGAAUCUUAAAGAAAGACCAGUGUGCCAACGAAAAAAAGAUAAAGGGAAUGCAAAUGUGCUCAGUCAGACCAUGUCAAGCUGGAUGGUACAUUUACCCAUGGGAACCGGUAAGAGUUCUUCACAAUUACUCAUACAUUAGAGAUAUUCUUAAACGAUGUUCAUACUUUGUGCCCUGACACGGUUUCCACUUCUCGCUGAGCAUUAAUGUGAACCCUUUUUUAGAUUCCACGCCAGAAUUUCAGCAGGGUGCUAUUGCCAGAGUAUGAGCACUAAAGUGAGCACCGGUCCCUGAUUGCACGUGUUUUCUUUUAGUCCCGACGCUAUGAGAUAUUGAGAUAUUGAACUUAGAACAACAAAUUAUGGCAAAUAUUCUAUAGGUUUCAAGGGAGCAAUAAUAUGGAACAGCCUUCCCUUAAAUAUAAGAAACUUAAGUUCUUACAAUAUGUUUAAGAACCAAGUCAAAGAGUAUGUGAUAAAGAAACAGUUGUAAUAGUUUUAGUUCAUAUCAUUCCUAAAAACAGGAAGUCCGCCUUCUAAUAUUCUCUACAACUUAGAAUAAAGCGGAGAUCGUCUAAAAGCCCAACAGAGCUUGCUUGAUCUCCUGCUUUGUAAUAAUGUAGUAGGUUAUGUGUAUGAAUUAUGAAUGUAUGGUAAAUAAAGGCACUUCUUCUUCUUUAACUAUCAGAAGCACCCAACGUCAAUUUUCGGGAUAGAUCUGUUCGGAAGACGAUUUGAGAUAAGGAAUUUUCGGAACAUUUGUUGUAAAAUUUCUUGCUUGCCUGCCUUUCCUAGGAUUUUCGAACAUCUAAAAUAUGGUAUAAUCGCCCAUUUUUAACAGAUUUGUACCCCAAAAAGGUCACCUAGAAUUUUCGGGAGCCUUUUUUCUGGCUGAAAUUUUCGAAUAGUUAAGUUUUGAUCCCUAUAAUUUUCGGAUCACUAGACUUUCGGCUAGGAAAUUCGAACAGAUGAAAAAAAUUUAGGGGAUAAAAAAAUGCCUAUAUCUACUGUUUGAAUACUAAAAUACGUUUAACAAUGCUAUGAUUAAGUGGUUUUGAACUGUACUGUCGUUGGGUGCCCCUGCGCUAUCAAUGCUUUGCAUAACUGCCUGCUUCACUCAGACCUGACAGGGUGAAAUAGAGCAAAUGUGUUCAAAAUUUGGAUACCCUGCCAGGUGUGACCAAAACCGAGGCAAUAGUGUUUAGGUACUAAGUGUGAACGUGGCUUUGGAUGUCAGUACUUAUGAUGGGCUACUUAGUCUUUUCCCUUUCAUUGCUUUAACACAGUGCUCUACGACGUGUGGACAAGGUUUGAGGAGACGAAACGUCAAGUGCUUUGCUGAUUCAAAAGAAGACCCCGAAGAAAAAUGGUGCAAAGCGGAGGAUAAACCAGUAUCUGAAGUACAGUGUCUCCAGAAAAAAUGUAAAGGUACUUUGGAACCGUUCUAUGUCUUAUAAUUCAUUUGACAACUUAUUUCGAAGGCAAACAGACUCUCAAUCCAAAAAAGGCAAUAGAGGAGACGUGCAAUGCUAUUUCCCGAUGAUGGAACAUGUUUGGAUGUUUCAGUGCGUCAGACAGAAUAUGGCUAAGGAAGGGCAAGGACCAAUUCUAGGUGUUCGUUUUAGGGAGGAGCACGUGCUUGUGUUGUCUGUUAGGAGAGAAUUUACAGUAUUCAAGUUGUCUGAGCUUACCAAACAGUGCGAUCUUUUUCUCUUUCCUUUUACUUUGGCGCAAAAACGUACUAAAAGCUGAACGAUCACAGCAGCGAGAGGAAUCUGGCUGCGAAAACAGCACGUGAAACCGAGAAAAAGGACCUUCCCCCUCUUGUUAUUUACCUCUCAUAAGCCCGUAUAAUUACCUUACUUUUGUUAGCUAUAGUGUCUUCUCGGGUGUCAGGUAUGUGACCAGAUGCAGGGAAAGUCACACAGUUUAAUGUUCGAUCUUUACCUGCACAACAAUUCUUGGAAUUCACUCACAUGACCUCCGUCUUGACGACGGUUGCUAUCCGCCAAGCUGGUGCCCGUCCAGAUGUGAACAAACUUCCCUCAAUGUAAGAACGUAGUCGAAUGCAGAGAUGGUUCUCUGCGUUGUUCCUGAAAUUAUCCAUAAAAGGUUAAAUUAUUUGCACGUGAAAGCGAUGUCCUGUAUAGAAAUGGCUUAAGUUUGCAUAAAAUUUCACACCUUGGAUGGGGACCAGUAUGGCGAGCGCUUAAUAGUUGCAUACAUUUGUGACGUCACCUGAAAACCGAGAAUAGAUUGAUCAAUCAGAGGCUUUUUAUUGUUUCAUCUGAAAAAAAAUUCAGAUGGGAAGAAUGAUAGUUACUACCUGCUUCCCAAGCUCCGUUCGCCUACAGUCUUCCAAUAAAGAUGCAGGAGAAUCGGAGUGAGAGCGAGAACGCUAUUGCAUUCGAAACAUGGUGUAAACGGAAAAUCGAAUUUCCUCUGUAUCUUUUUAGACUUAAUUCAUUAUUUCUUUCAUUUCAUCAGAAGCAGGAACAACGACGAAACCACCAGAGAAAACAACAACCGCUGCAGUAUUGAAAACAGUAUCAACCUUGGCACCAACAGCAGAAACAGAGGAAGAAACACUGAGCACGACAUUAGCUACAACUCAAGCAUCGAAAACAGAAGAAAGACAAACUACAGAAACGGCUUCACCAGCAACAACAUCAACGGAGGAAGCAAAAUCAACGUCAACAACGGAAUCAAGCGAAGAACCAACCACAACCGCAGCUCAAACUAAAACAACGAAAAUAGUAGAAGAGGAGCGAACAACAACCUUACCAGCAACAACACAAUUUGAACAAUCAACAACAUCAGGAACAAGCCAAGAAACAAUAAUAACAACAGCUCAAGUUCAAACAACGAAAGCACGGGACAAAGAAUCGACAACAACAGCUUUACCUUUGGCAACAACACAAUUUGAAGAAUCAACGACAUCAGAAGCAGAAGAGGGAACAACUACUACUGCCGCACCACAAACUCAAACAACGCAAGUAGGGGACAAAAAAUCGACGACAACAGCUUCACCUUUAGCAACAACACAAUUUGAAGAAUCAACGACAUCAGAAGCAGAAGAGGGAACAACUACUACUGCCGCACCACAAACUCAAACAACGCAAGCAGGGGACAAAAAAUCGACAACAACAGCUUCACCUUUAGCAACAAAACCAUUUGAAGAAUCAACGACAUCAGAAGCAGAGGAGGGAACAACUACUACUGCCGCACCACAAACUCAAACAACGCAAACAGGGGACAAAAAAUCGACAACAACAGCUUCACCUUUAGCAACAACACAAUUUGAAGAAUCAACGACAUCGGAAGCAGAAGAGGGAACAACUACUACUGCCGCAACUCAAACUCAAACAACGCAAGUAGGGGACAAAAAAUCGACGACAACAAAUUCACCUUUAACAAUAACACGAUUAGAAGAAUCAACGACAUCAGAAGCAGACGACGGAAUAACCACUACUGCCGCAACUCAAACUCACACAACGAAAGCAGGGAAAGAAGAAUUGACAACAACAGCGACACCAGUACAGGAAAGAACAACAAGAAAAGAAACAACGACGACAGCAGCUCAAACUGUAGAAGAGGAACGUACUACAAUCAAGGCAAAAGAAACAGAAGAAACUGUAACAACUUUUAAAGUUGCAACAGAAGAGGAGGCAACGAAGACAUCUACCACUAAAUCGCCAAGUGCUUCUACCCUUACAGCAGAAAGUACCAGAAAGACAGAAAUUUCCACCCAGAGUUCUACAACACAAGCCUUCAGUACCGAAACUAGCACUGCUACAACCAUGCCUUUCUCCAGUGAAGCUCGCACCACCACCUCAACUCACGCUACUGACAGCAGCACCAUUAGCACCCUAUCACCCACCACUGAGUUUUCCACCACUACUGUCUCAGUAUCAACAAUAGAAAGCACUACAACUGAGGCUUCAAAGACUAUUACCCCACCCCCGACAGCGGAGGCCUCAACGACUAUUACCCCCCCCUCGACAACGGAGGCUUCAACGACUACUAUCCCACCCCCGACAACGGAGGCUUCAGCCACUACUACCCCACCCCCGACAACAGAGGCUUCAACGACCACUACCCCACCCCCGACAACAGAAACCUCUACAAGUACUGUGCCUGAAAGUUCUACUGAAGGUCCAACUACUGCUCUAAGAAUUAAGCCAGCCAAAAUCUUUCAGCCUCCACAAGACACAAGUAAGUCUCUUCGUGGUCAUAUGCUUUUUGUUCUUUGUUAGUAAAACGUUUGUUUUCAAGAAUAAUGCAACUUUUUAAAUUUUAACAAACAUGUUUCGACGGUACAUCCGUCAUCGUCAGUGUGACGGUUAUGAAACUUAACAGGGAAAAAACGUGUCUGUCACAAUUUAUACGUUACAUUGCGUUGGAAAACAACACGCUACACAAAUUUUAAAGUUAACGGAAUUAAUAGAUACGCGUGCACGCAUCUAUAGAGAAAGCGUCAGAUCAUUCAUGUUAGAGCUUACAGUAUUCUUGCAGUAACCGUCAAAUAUUGCUGGGCUAAGUAUGCGAUGGAAUAGCAUUCCAUUGGAGGGGUUUUUUUAUGGUCUAAAGCCAAGAGAACAUUUCUUAGCUGAUGUGCAACUUCACCUACCUUUUUUUUCCAGACGCAUCAGUCGGUAGUGAAAUCCUAUUUCGUUGCCGAGCAACUGGCUAUCCACAACCAGUGAUCACGUGGCGUAAAGGUUCAAUACCCGUGUCCAGUCUUGACUUAUCUCGGAUGCAAAUCCUUCCUGAAGGCGACCUACGAAUAUCUGAUAUAACAGAGGACGACACUGACAUUUACACCUGCACAGCUACAAACUUCGUCGGCCCAAUGGACGCCAAACAGGCGCGUUUAAUCGUAAUUGUUCCAGUUUCUGUGUCUGUGUCGCCUAAAAAUGUCAGCGCGCAGCCUGGUGCUGAUGUUACGAUAACGUGCGAGACACGUGGCUUACCAAAACCAAUCGUGGAGUGGUACAAGGGUGACACGCAUUUGUCUAGUGAAGGCAGAUUACGAGUUUCCGGAGAAAAUCUGAUUAUAUCUCAAGUAGAAUCUUCAGAUAGUGGACAUUAUGAAUGCCGAGCCCAAAAUAUCUACGAAAAGGACACAGAUAGAACUUAUUUGAACGUCCUUAAGAAACAAGGUAACAUCCUUUGAUUUCUUUUUUGCAGUUAGGUCUUUCACUCUCAGAGAAAAGUUUGGGUCUUUUGAUGUAAUCCUAUUAUGUAACAAUUCAAAUGACAGCUCUUCGGCAGUAUUUACACGUGGUACUAGGUAUUUGUUUCUUAGCAUUUAACGAUGUGAGAAAUGGAAAUUUGUUGAAUUUUGACUUUGGCCAUUUUUUAGGAGGGAAGGGGUGAACAAAACGAACUAGCUAUACAUUGAAAAUUCCUCUCUUUACCUCUUUUGCACUAUAGGUGCCGCCAUCGGUAAAUAAUGGCGAAUCAUGAUCAGUGGGCUCGAGGAAGUGGCUGCAGUUCUACUGUCACACAUAUUAAACCGUUCUUGUGUUCUCUUUCAUUUUUAUAUAUAGAGCCAACGACGAAACCUCCAGAAAAAUGUGAAGACAAUCCUUUGAUCGCUCACUGUCCUGUGGUAAAAACAGUCGGAUUCUGCUGCAUAAAGUUUUACCAGAAAGCCUGCUGCUAUACUUGCAGGGAUUUACUCCCUGGAUGCAAAAGCUAAACGGUGCUAGAAAAUAAUGAGAAAAAGAUGUCUACGAGGUGCUCUUGCGAAUUUCGUUCAAGAUAGACAGUACGGUGUAGCCGCAAGGAAGCCAUUUACACGUAAAGGGCCUUCAAACUUAUUAUCGUAAACAACCAAAGUAUACAUAAAUUAUUGUUCAUAUUAUUAAUAAAUGUACUACGCUUUUGGCAAGCUUAUUCCACGGAGAAAUCGAUAUACAUGAAAGAGCUAGGUCUGCUUUUUCUGCUUAUGACUUUUUAUGAAUAAAUCUAAGACAGAUCCCCUUAACUUAUCUUGCAAUACAAUUAACCUUGUUGGGAAGCAUUUGACGAGAAAUGAUUAAAAAAAAACGGCGUGAAUACGUGUCCUGAGGCUUCGUUCACACGGCACGGCACUUCCUUUACACUGCCC